AUGUGGCAAUGGCAAGUGUCAAAUGAGCAACGAAGAGGUUUGUUGUUGCUAAUGGCAACAACAGUCAUUUGUUUCACUUGUUUGCCUAAGUGUCAGGCUCAAGGCACUAAAUACGGUCUAUUGACUCCGGACAAAUCUUGUCAUGAUAGUGCCGGUGUGGUGCAAUGGACAGGUGGACAAUUUGAAUUUCCUUGCCCCUCCACGAAAUCAUUAUUUAAGAGUUCCGGCAAAUUUAUACCCAAAAAUGUUAUUGCAACACGGGCUCAAAUUAUAAGGGAUACGAUAUUUUUGGCUUUGCCGCGUUAUAGAAAGGGAGUACCGGCUACGUUGGUGAAGACGACUAUAACGCCGGGUACCUGUUCCACUACCUUUACCCCCUAUCCCUGUUGGGACAUGCAGGAGGAGGGGAAUUGUAAGGCUUUGCAAUCCGUAGUCGAUUUGGUUGUGGAUCAGAAUGAGGUCAUCUGGGUUUUGGAUACUGGCAUCGUCAAUACUCUGGAAACACCCAUACGCAAAUGUCCCCCAAAAGUUGUGGCGAUUUCAGCCAAAACUGGAAAAUUAUUAAAAACAAUUGAUUUGGAUGGUUUAACUUCUACUAACUCUCGUUUACAAUACUUGGCUGUUGACUAUGCUCCCGAUGGCGGUUGCUUUGUGUAUGUUAGUGAUGCUGCCAAUCGUGCCAUAAUCGUUUUUAACAUUCAAGCCGAUCGUGGUUUUCGUAUUGUCUUGCCCAAGGCUGUUACAACUGGUUGCCGUUUACGUGAUGUUCUUUAUAUUGCAUUGAUACGUCAAGAUUGCGGUACCACCGAAUUGUAUUUCACGUAUUUGAGUACGAGUAAAUUGUUUUCGCUUAAAUCGGAAUAUUUGAGAAGUGGUGUGGCGGAUGGUAAAAUUAUGGACCUUGGCAAAAAACCAUCACGUAUGGUCAUUAUUGGUACGGAUAAUGGUUCAGCCAUAUUUUUCCGUAAUGAAGGUGACGCUGAAGUAUUCCGCUGGGAUACCAAUACACCAUUCGCUGAAGCAAAUUUUAAGCCUGUUUAUCGUUCGCCCACCUGUCAGUUGGCCACACAUGCCGUACCCGAUUACAAACGCAAUACCAUGCGUGUGUUACAAAGUAAUUUUCCGGAUUUUAUGCAAAAUCGUGUGGGUUGCGGAGCCAUCCAACAAUUGACAAUGAUGCAGGGCUGUUGGUAG